CCAAUAUAAAGUGUUCAUGCGCUUUGUUACAUAGUAAUUGGAAUUUUUUUUGGGUGUGGGGGUGGGUUUGUUCUUCUUGGUAUUGCUAUCGAAAUGGUCAAAUCGAAGUAAAAAAAUGGAUCUUUAGAGACCCCAUCGAAGUAAUAGCUUCAACAAAAGCAGUAGCAACGCAACAAGCACCAGGAGCGAGCUCAACGUCUGUUUCACUUCACGAGAUUGAAAACAAACGGUAGAAUGAAAGGUGGCCAAGCUUCACCGAUGUUCCCAACAAACGGCAAGAAACAACUACUGUUGUGCAAGGUCUUAUUGCAUGGGUAACCAAAGGGACAAAGAAGAGAUCGCAAGAGGGUCCGGUGGGGCUGUUUGUGCGAGAGGUGGCUGCUGGUGGCGGUGCGAGAGGUGGCUGCUGGUGGCGGUGCAAGAAGGGAAAGGGAAAGGGAGAGGUAGGGGGAUUGAGUUGGUGGUGAAGGGGAAGAUGAUGGCGAAAGCGAAAGUUCAGAUGAUGUUGAGUAGUAGUCAAAGGAGACAUGCUUUUGAGGGUAUUGUAAUAAACGAUGAAAAUGAGGGAGGAGGAGAAGCAGCAACUAAAGAUGAAAAUGUGGGCGUUGAAUCAGAGGAAGAAGGGGUUCUACUUCAACAGAGACAGCCCAGGAAAGAUCCAAAUCCGACCCGGAAAACGAGAGUGAAGGUCAAGAGAAGAUAUUUCCAGAUUGAUUACUGUUAAUGAUGGUUGAGUCAAAGCAGUUAAUGGAGGUUUCCAAGGAGACUUGGGUGUGUAGCACGGAUUUCAUGAGGUGUGUACCACAGGAGAAGAAGAAAAAUGAGCAUAAUCAGGGGCAGUCAGAAGUCAAAUAAAAGGACGGUGGAGAUCAACCCAAAUCAAGGAUCAGCAUUGACUGUGUUCCUGUUCCUAUUUUGUUACACCCACCUAGGUCAUCUUGCUCCUUCCCGGCUGCUCCACCAAUGGCUACAGCAGCUGCAGCCAACAGCAGCGGAACUGCGAUCGAUAAGAAGCUUGUUGGGGGGUGAAGGGUACAAGUCGUUUGUUCUCUCGCGCUGCAAGUCAGAACCACAAAGGUCAUCAGUUAAGCUUACACCUGGUGCUUGCUUUUGGAGGAAUAGGAAGCUUGUGCUGGCUGCAUUCGGAGUUGGCUUUUGAUGAGUCAGGUUUAGUGGAAAGCAGUAAAAAGUUUUUUUUUGUUGAAAAAAAGCUUAUAUCUGUGUGGUAAAGUUUGAAGUUUUAUGAGUAAAUCAGUAAUUUCUUAGUUUUCUGUACAACAGUAUUGGCUCUCGUUUC